AUGUUCGAAGACGAGGACCAACCACCGCCAUACUCUACCGUCACCGGCCCUGCGAGAUCUGGUUCAUAUUCCUCUGAUACUACGCAGAGCCAAGUAUACUUGCCACAGAGCUCGUCCCUCUUCUCCACACAACUAUCUCGUCUCCGGGGCCAGAUACUAGAGGAACAAGCCUCUCGGUCAUCCGUCCGCGACCAGCAAGAUGUCGAAAUCCUGUCCCUUUUGGUUCCGCAUGUUGAGGCUCUUAUCGAUUCCAUAGCGUCCUACAGUCCACCGCCGACGCUGGUUGAGGCAACCUUUGUGCCGGAUGAAGCCGUCGGGAAGGGAUGGGUGUUUAGCGACAAUGAGCAGAGACAGAGCGACCAAGUGGUGAAAGUGAUACGCGUCCGGAGACAACACCUCAAAGCAGAUGGCGAUAAGAAACCGCAGCAUCAUCCGGUCACUUGCACAGCAGAGACAGGCGGCGCCAAGGAAUUUGAUGAAUGGGGCCGUUGGUCUGGCGACGAGGAGCGCAGCAAAUCGCCCCCCCGAGACGAAUUGUGGUGGCCAGACGAAGACAUGGCAAAGCGAUUAGCCAAGAAUCUCCAGCCAGCUCGUGCAACCGCAUCUGUUGAUCGUCAAACGGGUCGGGCCCAGGUCGAACGGAAUAAGGCGAGCAAGACAGCUGGCCGUUGGUCCAUGUUCAAGAAGGACGAAUCAGCCAAGACGGCGGCGCUGACUGCCUCCCCAUAUUCAACACCACGUCAGAAACCUUUGGAUGACGUUUGUAUGACGGUUAAUGCGGAAGAAGCGACGUUUCGAAAACAGAGCGAGAUGGGUAUCUGGGAGAGCCGGACGGGCUGGGGGCUAGUGGUGAGGGGAUAUACCAUUAGCGCUGGCGCGAUUCCUUCGUCGUCAAUACACAGACGCCAAAGUCAAUACAGAAUGCCUUCUCACCAUGUUCUCGUCACCGGCUCAUCGGGCCAUCUUGGCACAGCAUUAAUGCUCACACUCCCUUUACUGGGCUUCAAACCCGUCGGCAUCGACAUCCUUGCCUCGGAAACAACUCAGCACGUGGGAUCAGUCAGCGACCGCGCCUUGGUGUCCGACAUUUUGCAAUCCAACCCGAUCAAGCACGUCCUGCACACGGCUACCCUCCACAAACCCCAUGUGGAAAGCCACACAAAGGAACAGUUUGUCGAGACCAACAUUACCGGAACGCUGGUACUUUUAGAGGAGGCAGCCAAGCUGGGCAGCCAGAUCGAGAGCUUCCUGUUCUUCAGCACAACAAGCAGCUUUGGGCUUGCGAUGAGCCCCAAGCCCGGAUCGCCGGCAGCAUGGAUAGAUGAGGCCGUUGUGCCGGUGCCAAAGAACAUCUAUGGCGUGACCAAAGUGGCCGCCGAGGACAUGUGUGCUCUUGUACAGCGGCAGACGGGGAUGCCGGUGCUCGUGCUGCGGACCAGCCGCUUCUUCCCGGAGGAGGAUGACGACGAGGACAGGCGGCGUGCGAUGGGGGAUGACAACCUCAAGGUGUUGGAGCUGGCGUAUCGGCGGUGCGAUAUCGAGGACAUUGUUUCCGCGACGGUGUGUGCCAUGGACAAGGCCAGGGAUAUCAAAUGGGCCAAGUACAUUAUUAGUGCGCCGCCGCCUUUCUCCCGUGAUGCCGAGACUCUGGCUCGUUUGGACUCCCGCCCCGAGGAUCUGUUUCGAAGCGUCGCGCCUGGGGUUGACGACGUCUUCAGAGCCAAGGGCUGGAAACACCUCGCGAGGAUUGAUAGGGUGUAUGAUUCGAGCAAGGCUGUGUGCGAACUGGGCUGGCGGCCGAAAUAUACGUUUGUUGAGACCAUGGAGAGGGUGGCUAGGGGGGAGGCGUGGAGGAGCGAGUUGACCGACAGGGUUGGCAAAAGGGGCUAUCAUGCUGUGAGCACGGGGGUUUACACGAAGCGAUGA